ACGUGGGAGGCAUAAAGGGCAAUGAUCAAUACAUCUACCGACAUGCCAAUGGACUCAUUGUGGUGGGCCUUGCUCCCUCGCACGCAGCACUGGCAGCAGAUCGAGCGAUCUCAGCCGUUGAUUUCCACGUGGGCAAGAGGAGCCGCCUGGAGAUGGAGGCCACUGGCAAGAACAAACAGAGGGCAACACCUUUGGAUGCCAACUCAGCUCUCUGCAAGAUCGUAAUGGUGACGCCACCUCCUGAUACAGUCACAGCAACUGAUACAGGCACAAUCGCUAGUGGUGAUGCCAACGCUGCCACCACAGUUCCCAAUGUGACGGAAUCGAACCCAACCGCAGUGUCUUGUACGACAAAUGCAGCUCCUGACAGCAGUGCUGCAGGCAGUGGCAGCACUAUCAGUGUGUCAGAAAGAGCGGCAGCUAUGCCCACUGCAACUGAUACAGUCACAGCCACUGAUUCAGUCCCGACUGGUAAUACAGCCACAACUGGUAAUGCAGUCACAGCUGCUGAUACACUUACAGUUUGCAGUGGUGCACCCGCAGAUGGCAGUGAGUUGUUGAAUACCAAUGGGAGGAGCAGAGAGAAUGAGCAAAAGCAGCCGAGGAUAGGGGGGAAUCGAGAGGCGCAACUGCAGAAAAUACCCGAGGGAGCGAGUGGUGCUGGUUUUGAAUCAAGACACGAAAAUGAUGAAGCAAGAAGAAAAGGGCCGGGACUGCAAAAUGGUGGAGGAGAAAGGAAUGGGCAGGGAUAUGCAUUUUACGUUGCAAGGUGUUGCGUCAAGGGUCGGCUGAUUGAGGUCAAUCGACAGCUGGCCACCAACCCGAUGCUGCUCAGAGACAAG